AUGAUAUACACACAAUCACUCACCAUGCCUCCUUCCAUUGAAGUCUUUACUAUACCCCAGGCCUUUGACUCCCUCGAAAGUGCUAGUGCAUUUCAUGACGAUCAUUGGCCUGGUUGUCCUUCAUACCAGACGCUUGACGAGGCAAACACGCACUUACUUGGCAUUCAUGUCAUGCUCAAUGAAUUCCAACUCGUUGCUCACGACAUCCCCGUCAGCACAGCUGUCCUUCUAGCUCAUCUCGUCGUCUUGCGCACCAAUGCUCAUCGCAUUAACACCAACUGCGACCAAUAUCACGACGAUGCUAUACGCUACAAACAGAAAUCCGUUGACUUGGAAUACGAACUCAACCAACUCCAUGAUUUUCGUUCCAGUGAUGAGCGUGAAAAGAAUAUUCUUAAGCACCGUCUCGACGAAGCCCUUGAAAAGCUUGCUCAUACUGAAACUCUCCUCCAAAACGAGAUCAAGUCUGAUCGCGACUCUUCUCGUCUUCAAGACCAGGUCACUACUCGUCGUGCCGAUCUUCAAGCUACCCUUGAUCAAAUACAGGACCUUCGUCAUGCGCACAAGAAACCUCAGUCCAUCGCUGAAAAAUACGGUGUCUCUUCCACCAAACCUGCCGUUGCCGUCACCGACUGCCCCAAAUACAAAGACAUUUAUAAGCGCUUCAAACUCAAGGAUUAUAUUAACUUCGGCAACUGGUUUAUUGGCCUCCGUAUGGAACUUGAACACUUUGGUGUUCUCCAUCGCCUUCACCCUCAUUGUAACGACGUCUCAGUUGGAGGCGGCCCCGACAUGUUCGCUGACGCCCGCUGCCGCCGCAUUCUCGUUGACUCCAUCAGUGAAUCGCUAAUUAAUUAUAUUUACAAGUCUCAUGUGUCCAAGGCACCCCAUGCCUUCUUUAAACACAUCUGCCUCACCACCAAUACUGGCAGUCAUGGUCGUUUCUGGACUGCUAUGAAAUCCCUCAUCAAUUUCACCGCCACCGGGUCCCCAGAUUUAACUUUUCAAGCACUGGAAGACAUCCGCCAACAUCUUCUUGACGUUGGCGAAGUUGUUCCUGAUAAAUUUCUUAAUUGCGCUCUGUUGUACAGACUCAGUGAUGACUACAAACUCCUUCGUUCCGACAUUUUCGCUCAGGGCAUUGAUGAUCUAACCAUCGAUGAUGUCUACACGAAAGUCAGAAAAUUCACUGGUGAUCAUCACCUCGACGUUUCUCCUUCUCCUUCUGGUUUAAACGCACUUGCCGUUUGCAAUCCUUCAGCCCCUUCCACCACUGGUACUACUCGCCGUAGCAAGCCUUGUCCUAUCAGUAUUUUUGGAUGCCCCGAUUCCAUUUGUUGCCGUCGUGGUUCCAACGACCACAAAGGCAACAAGUGUCCAGUGGACCGUUUCACACUUUCUUGUACCAACUGCUCCACAGGUCACACUGCUACCGCGGGUCUCUCCAAUUGA